CUUCAAGAGUUAUCGGGAUUUUUUAUUUUUUUUAUGCAAGACAAGGCAUAUUAUUUCCGUGGCUAUAUUAGGUAUAAAUUGACAAAUUGUCUCUACGUUACUAUUAAACGGAACAGUGCCUUUUAGCCUGUGGGCGCCAAUAUUUUUCGAGCACCAUGAAACUCGUGGCAUUUAUCCCAAUUUUUACUUAUUUAUUGCUUGGAGCUAACGCCGAAGAGUCCCCCACUUACACAACCAAGUACGACGGGGUCAACCUUGAUGAAAUCCUGGAAAACGACCGUUUGCUGACCAGCUACGUGAACUGCUUGCUGGAAACUGGACCCUGCACGCCGGAUGGCAAGGAAUUGAAGAAUAACCUUCCUGACGCCAUUCAGAACGAUUGUAAGAAGUGCAGCGAGCGACAACGGGAAGGUGCCGAUCAGGUCAUGGAGUAUAUCAUAGACCACAGACCAGAUGAUUGGGAGAAACUUGAGAAGAAGUACAAUUCAGAUGGCAGUUACAAAAAGAAAUACUUAGAGAGAAAAGAAGCAAGAAAUCAAUCGAACUCUGCUGAAAAAUCUCAAGAAAAUGACAGCAAAUCUAAAGAGUAACAAGACUUAAACUGCGCAAUGCCGGAAAGGAAAUGACCAAAGCAAACCCCUAAUUGAAUUUGAAAACUAAUAGAUAACAGUCG